AGUGGAAUCUGUCUGCAGCCGCUUCCUCUGCCUUUGGCUCUGUGUGUAAAACAGCAGCUUCAGAGAUAAAAAAACCUUUCUGACUUCAACGCACUGACUUACAUCGAGCAUGAUCAGAAGCCAAGAGGAACAAGUGGGCUCUGCAGGGCUGUCUUGUAACAAUGGGAUCUCUAUGGAUCUCUUCCUGCACCUUUCCCUGAUACCAGCUAUGCUGAUUGUAGGGCUGCUGUCAUUCUUCCAGAGAAGAGCCAGAAGACUUCCCAUCGACAGCAGACUGCCCUUCCUUGAGGGCCGCUUUGCCAUUGUGGUGCCGCUGGAUACAAUCGGCAGCCUCAGUAACCGCUGGUCCUAUGGCUUUGCCUUUGGUGCCAUUUCCUCCAGUGUCCUGCUGCUCUUCUCUGAACGCUACGUCCCCUUCAGUGUCCCACACUGGGCCAGAGCCGUAGUGUAUCUGGUUGGAGCCUUGGAGGUGGGUCUGGCCUACUUCCCUUUCUUUGCCUGCCUGUCCACGCCUUUCAGAGGGGCCGGAGCAGUGCUGGGAAUACUCUACUCUGUGUCCUGGAUCAUUGUGACACUGUGGGACACAUGCACCUGUCCUGCUGGUAAGGUGCUGGGUAAAUACCAGAAGGUGAUUGUCCAGUGGCCCUGCAUCCUCUCCCUCAUCUUCCUCCUGGGACGAUUCACUUACAUGCUGGUCAAGGCUGUCCGCAUACAUCUGCAGCUGGAACAUGAGGCCACUGAAGAGCUGAUGCAGGAACACCAGGUGCAGCAUGUGAAGAGACUACUGAAGAAGACGCCUGCACACAGCAGUGAGUCACUCAGCUGGUUCCAGAGCAGAGUGUACGAGUGGGACCCCUGCUUCAAGUUCCCCAACAGGAUCAUCGGCACUGCCAUUUUAUCCCUAAUAGGCCUGUAUACAAUAACACUGGCAGACUACAGCCUGAGUGAUCUGGCCUUUGACCAGUUAGACAAGUGGAGGGACACCCUGCAGCAGCUGACUGUGGCCUGUAACCAGAGUGAAGCUCUGGUGGGUCUGGUACCAGAACUGGAGGAGUUCACCUACGUGGCCAGGAAGUCUUGGUUGGGCACCACCUUCUUCGCCAGUCUCACCUCUGUUGCCUACACCUUUCAUGUCCUGGCGUGUUACAGGAAACACCUGAAGAGACUGUGGGCAGGACAGAAAGGUUUUCUUCCUGAAAAGUUCCACAAACCCAGUUCAGCUGUCAGUGUGGCUGCCAUUGCAAGAUACUCUGGAUGGCAAAUAGCUUUUACACUGUGGGGUUACCUGAUUGUCCAUUUUGUCCAGUUCCUGUUUGCCCUGUUUUUUGUCUACCUACUGAUCCUUCCUAUCAUACAUGGGAAAGCACUGACCAUGCUGACCAACUUGGGCAUCAUCCUUCUGACCAUUGGUCUGGUGGUUGGCCUGGUGAUUCUCCAGAUUGCUCUGGUCCAGAUCUUCUUCCUCCAGGAGAAAAUGUCUCCCACUGAUAAACAGAAACCCCUGGCUCUCAACAACAGGAAAGCCUUCCACUGCUUCAACUACUUCUUCUUCUUCUACAACGUGGUGAUGGGGUUCAGCAACUGCAUCCUGAGGCUGCUGUCCAGCAUCGUGGUGGGAACAUGGCUGGUGUCCCGAAUCGACCGAACCAUCAUGCAGAGGGGAUAUGAGGGCAUGGACCCUGGCUACAGUACAUGGAUCGGGAUGAUCUUUGCUGACCACUACCAUAACAACCCAGUGAUGGUGUGUUUCUGCCAGCUGCUGGUCUCCAACAUACUGGAGAGAGACCCUGCCACUGUGUACUCAACAUUCAACAACACAUCAUCAGAAUCUCCUGUGAACAGCAAGGCCAGGAGGCGCUGGGCGCUCCUUUACACAUUACUGAGGAACCCUCGUCUAAUCCUGCUCAGGAAACAGCAUCUCGCCUCCCCUUCAUCACCACCACCGCCAACAUCAUCAUCAUCAUCACCCUCACAGUCAAACACAGAAGUGCAGGCUUGGGUUAUGGCCUCCCAGACACAGAACAGCCAGACAGCGUCACAAUCACCACCAGAGAUCACAGUCACACCGCCAGAGGAGUGAUAAAGGGGCAUUUCCAUCAAAUGUGGUCUUUUAAAUCAAACUAAAACACGCCCUGUGUUAUAUCCCGUGUUAUAAGAGUGAUGCUGUGAUAUUUUUAGUCUGAUUCCAGGGGCGCCAUUUCACUAAGCUCUGAAUUUUGGAGGUGUAGCAAAGUCGGUUUAUUUAAUAACAUUUGUCACCAAAACCUUCAAAACACACUUAAAAUCACAAAAUUUCAGAGGAAAAGUGGAGCAAUGACUGGUGACUGACAAGAUAUCUGUUUGAUGUUAUACAUUAUUAUAUAUAGGUUACUAAAGUGGGAGCAUUGGUCCCAACUGCUGCCCUGUUGUGUGUGUGUACAUGUAUAUAUAUGUGUGUGUGUGUGUGUGUGUGUGUGUGUGUGUGUGGCUUCCAGAUAUUUUUCCAGAAUGUCUAAGACCUAUACGUCUGAAAACAACAAGAUCAGUUUGGGACUCAUUUAGGUAAAGAUGUGCACUUCUGCAUUCUAUUUUGGUAAUAAUAAUAAUAAUAAUAAUAAUAAUAAUAAUUUUGAGAUUUAAAAUAAUUUAAGAACCUCUGCCAUUUGCUGUUUUUAUGUGUGAGCUUUAAUAAAUAUGAUGACAUUUGUGGAAUCUGUAGGCUUUCAGUCCUUUCAGAGUGCAAAGAGGUCAGUUAAUUCCAGGGGUGUGUGGUCCAUAUAUAGAUGGGCACCGCUAAUUCUGUAAUUCUAAUUAUGAAAUACAUGUUUGUUAUUGUCAUAUUGUGUGUGUGUGUAUGUGUGUGUGUGUUAAUUUCAGUUGUUACUCUGUUAUACAUUAUUACAGAAAUGUGUGAUGACUGAUGUAAAAGUGCUGCCUACAAUCUUUGUGCCAAAAGGUGUACUAUUCUCCACCCAACAGCGGUAUGCAAAAACAAUUUUUCCAUGGUACGCGAAGGAAUUUUUCUCAUUUUGAGUGGUCAUUUCGGUUUAUUGCUCAAUAGGUAAGGUUAAGGUUAAGCAAGCUGGUUGUGGCUACCAUUGGGGAAAGCAUAUA